UAUUAAGGUAUGGAAGGAUCCGAAAAGACUGCUAAAAAAUACUCACGCAGAAAAGAUAUUAUCUUCAGGAACACUCUUGAUGAGGACUAUCUCCCAUUCCAAAGUGUCAAACCAUCCAUGAAGGAAUACACCCAGGAAGAGCUAAAGAAGAAGGAUGCUCCUGAUAUUGGAAAUUAUUCAGAAGCAAACGUAAUGAGAACUUUUAAAGGGAAGGCAGCUCCAAUUUUCAAUAAAGACAAGCUGGUCUACAACAAGAAGACACAUGAGUGGUAUAAAGUCCUUGACCUUAAAACAGAUGAUCAGUAUAAUCCGACUUGGGCUAGUAUUAUGAAGAAAGAUGGAGUAGAUGCUAUUGAGAUCUCCAAGCCUGAAGAGUUUGAUGAAUUUAAAAACUCCCUUAAGAUAUUCAUCAACAUCACUAAAGAUGGAGAUGAUACUAUGACGAUCGAGGUGAAUCCCAAGAUUUAUGAAAAAUUUGAGACUGCAUUUGAGGGUCCCUUCGAAGGGGCUGGAGCAGCACUAAUGGGCUGAAAACUCUUCUUCAAAGGACAAGUCAUAGACAAAGAUCAGAAUUUGUCAAGUAUUGAUGGCAUUAAGGAUGGAGACUAUUUCUUAGCAUCUGAAGGAUUUGGCAAGCCAUUUAAGUUUAACAGAUUCCCUGAUGUGAAUAAUAGCUGGGGCUGGUCAAAUUCUGGUAAUUCUCCGGAUGGAAUUAUGUUCAAGCCUACUCAAAGCAUAAAGGUUUGUGGCUUCAGUACAUUCGCUGCAAGAACAAAGGAUUCCUACGAGCUCAAGUAUAGAGUUCGUAUCGAUGGAGUUGAUGUUGAAGAAGAAACAGUUAUUGCAUCUGGCUGGGAGAAUGAACAUUACUAUAGACAUAAACUCAAGGGUAUCUAUAAUGCACCAGCUGGAUCUAAAAUAGAGUUCACUUGUUGGAUAGCAGAAAGCUUAUCUAGCCACUCGUAUGUCGAAACAUUUAGUGGUCAAAAUGGGCAGAAUUAUAAGGAUAUCCAAAAUGAGCAUAUGGGACUUUUUGAAAUUGAUAGUGGAGGUGAUAGUUCAAACGGAACUUCUGUGUGGUCUGGCCAUUUCCCUGAAAUAUUUUACUAUCUCGGAUAA